AUGGCUGCAAAAGCGAUCGCUAGUCCUAUCCCCGAUUCGCUGUACCCUACCCUCUCCGUUUUCACUCUCGCAAUCGGUCUCAUCUUAACCGCUUCUUUCUUCAUUUAUGAAGCAACCUCAUCUAGGAAAACUCGUUCCCUUGCUCAGGAGCUGAUAACAGGGGCAGUUGCAUCAGUCUUCUUGGGUUUUGGGUCGUUGUUCCUCCUACUUGCCAGUGGCGUGAACAAUAGCAAGAUGCAAAGAAUGUUACAUGUAUCAACAGUUUCAUUCAAAUUUGUAUGA